UAUUUUUUGCGCCAAAAUUAUCCCCACAUUGUUUUUGCAGAAGCAAUUAGGCCAAAAUAAAUAAAAUAAAAUAAAAAAUUAAGUUUUCCCAUCCUUUUUCUCCGAAUUUUCUCUACUGCCAAACACCCUAUUUUCCCGUCACCACCUCUUCACUUUCUCGUGGGUUCCCAAUGAUAUCUGCUCUCCGAUCUCUAGGCUUCCAAUUCUCUUCCCGUUUCCACCCAGAGCAACUCCGUUUCCGUUUCCGAUUCCGCAUUCCAAUUCUUAGCUUUCCAUAGAAAAAUUAAAAAAAAUAAAAAAGCUUUUCUUCCUUUUCAUUUACCUUUUUCACUUUCCUUUUCCCUUUCAUUUUUCAUUGGGUUUAGAAUAGCCAUUUUCGAUUCUCGCCCUCAAAAUAACAAAAACAAAAACAAUGUUCAACAAAAUCAUAAAACGAGGCCACAAAAAAACUUCCAAAUCCGAAUCCAACGACCAGUCCGGGUUCGGUAACGGACCCUCCUCCAAUGUGACCGUUAACCACGCUUCUCGGACCGCCAUCAACUCCUCGUCGGCGUCCUCUUCCAAUUCCGAUUCACAGGCCGUGACGUCGUCGACCGGACCCAAUUCCGGCGUCAUCGAAGUCCUACCCUUGUUGCGCGACGUCGUCGUUUCGGACCGGCCGGUUCUCUUCCUCCGUAAACUCAAGGUCUGUUGCUUCCAAUGCGAUUUCUCAGACACUCUCAAAGGUGUCCGAGAGAAAGAAAUCAAGCGCCAAACCCUCUUGGAACUCGUGGAUUUUAUUCAAUCGGGUUCGUGUAAAUUGAACGAGACUAUGCAAGAGGAGCUCAUCAGAAUGGUCUCCGUCAACGUCUUCCGGUGCUUGCCUCCGGCUUCUCAUGAAAACAUGGGCUUGGAUGGUGCAGACCCAGAAGAAGAUGAGCCAUGGUUAGAGCCCUCUUGGAUCCAUAUGCAACUUGUAUAUGAGCUCUUGCUGAGGUACAUUGUUUCCUCUGAAACCGAUACUAAGAUCGCCAAGCGAUAUAUUGACCAUGUCUUCGUGUUGAAAUUGCUUGAACUGUUUGAUUCCGAGGACCCAAGAGAGCGAGAGUAUUUGAAAACCAUUCUUCAUCGUAUAUAUGGGAAAUUCAUGGUUCACCGACCCUUUAUUAGGAAAGCCAUUAAUAAUAUAUUCUAUAGGUUUAUAUUUGAGAUUGAAAGACAUUCUGGGGUUGCUGAGUUGUUGGAGAUCCUUGGGAGUAUAAUUAAUGGUUUUGCUUUGCCAAUGAAAGAGGAGCAUAAGUUGUUUCUUGUACGAGCUCUUAUACCAUUGCAUAAGCCCAAGAGCAUACCUGUAUAUCACCAGCAGUUGUCUUAUUGCAUUGUUCAGUUUGUUGAGAAGGAUUACAAGUUGGCCGAUACUGUGAUUCGAGGGUUGUUGAAGUACUGGCCUGUUACUAAUUGCCAGAAGGAGGUUCUGUUUCUGGGGGAGCUUGAGGAGGUUUUGGAGGCUACUCAAGCUGCAGAGUUUCAGAGAUGCAUGGUUCCUCUUUUCAGACAGAUUGGAAGAUGCCUCAAUAGCCCUCAUUUCCAGGUUGCAGAACGAGCCCUUUACUUGUGGAACAAUGAACACAUUGUAAGCUUAAUUGCUCAGAAUCGAAAUAUGAUACUCUCAUUGAUCUUUGAACCAUUGGAGAAAAACAUUCAAGGUCACUGGAACCAGGCUGUCCAUGGUCUGACGGCAAACGUGCGUCGGAUGUUCCAAGAGAUGGAUGCCGAAUUGUUCGAAGAGUGUGAAAGAAAGUACUUGGAGAAAGAAGCCAGAUCCAGAGAUUUGGAACAGCAACGAGAAUUGACAUGGAAGAGACUGGAGGCCGAGGCGGCACGAGCACGGGGAGAUGAUAUGGUUUUGGUUAAUUGAUUCAAGUAGGUCAGAAAUAGUUAACUUCAUUUCCAUUUUUUUUGUGGCUAUUCUUUUUCCAAGGUUGUUUUUGAUAUUGAGGUCUUACUAAGGCUAUGGUAAAUUUAGAAAGGAUGAAUAUAGUAUAAAUAUAUAAUAUAUAUAAUUUAUAAUACGUGUAAUUUUUGUAUUUGUAACAAGGAGUAUGAUGUGCCCUUUGCUGAUUAUGAAUACUUUGCCAGGAGUUAUUCUUUUGUGUUUU